UCCAACAAACCACCAGGAUGAAAGUCGCAAUCGUGGUCCUUGUGCUAGCGGUGGCAUCAGUUUCAGUGUAUGCUGAAACGUGCUCGUCGGUUCAUGACUGCCUUGUAACGGGGUGUAAUCAUGGGGGAUCCCUCGUGUGCGAUAUCGACGGGAAAUGCACGUGCGAUAGCGGUCACAAUUGCACAGAUGGUGAAAAUGUCGGGAUUUUCUGCAGGAGUAACCAGCGUUGUAGAGACUGGUAUGAUUCGUCCACCCAUCACAGAUGUGAAUGCGCAGACACACACAACCUGCAUUGUAUCGACAGCCAAUGCAAAUGUGGAUAUCCCCCAAACUAAUGACACUUCUUUGAUGGAUACACACAUCAUAUUACGUGGUUGUAUGUAUUUCUUUGGUGCAAUAAAAUGAACACGUCAGCGUUAUUAUCAGGAGGAA